ACUGUUUCGCAAUUGCAUACAGCUCUGGCCAAUGCCAAUUCCCGCAUCGCUUCUCUCGAGCGUUCAUACCAGGAGCAAUUCCGCCUACAGCAAAUGUACGAGGAAACUCUUCAAGAUACCACGGCACGCAUCCGACAGUACUGCUUCGAGCAGCAGAACCAUAUCAUCGCCCUGCAUCAGCAUUAUACCCAGCUUCUGUCGCAGAGUAGGAGCGAGACAGUCGAGGCACAGCUGACUCACCAGGCAUGGCAGGCUGGCUUGCAGAGGUUGAGUGAGGGCGUGAGAGCGGCAAUGAAGGCCAGAGACGAUGAGGGCAUGCCUUACAAGAAGCGCAUUGCCGCGUUGAAGGAGGAAAACAGAGUUUUGCGACAGAAAGUGGGAUGGGAGCCGCUGAUGGACAGUGAUGAAGAGGAAAGUGUC